AUGGGAACAAAUUUAAAUGAUUACAAUAUUGAAUUAAAUGAUGAUGAAAAAUUAAUGAAAGAUAUAAAUGAGGAAUUAGCAAUAGUUGUCUCUAAAAAAGACUUAUUUGUUGUUUCAAUGCUAAAUAAAGAACAAAAAUAUGCAUAUGAUAUCAUAUUGAAGAAAGUUUUUUCAAAUCAAGUUGGUGCUUUUUUCAUUGAUGGUCCUGGUGGAGCUGGAAAAAAAUACUUAUAUAGUGCUAUUCUUGCAACUGUGAGAUCUAAAAAAUUGAUUGCUUUAGCAUCUGCUUCAUCGGAAGUUGCUGCAACUAUAUUGCCUGGCGGUCGAACUACUCAUUCAAGGUUUAAAAUUCCACUUGAGAUUGAUCAAAAUUGUAUUUGUGGUGGUAGCAAACAAUCAAGUUUAUCUAACUUAUCACAACUCACAACGCUUAUCAUAUGGGAUGAAGCUCCAAUGAUUGAUAGACAAUCCAUGGAAGUUUUAAACAUUAUGUUACAAGAUAUAAAUGAGUCUAAUUUAAUUUUUGGUGGAAAAGUGAGUAUUUGGUGGAGAUUUUUGACAAGUUUUACCAAUUAG